UUGUUUACCUUUAGAAAGUGUUGAGGGCGGCCGUGUGUCGAGUGUCGAGGGGCGUGUUGUGAGUGAGUGCCCAGGCCCCGCAGCCCCGCCCCGCGCCCCCGCUUGGCAUCAUCACCCCGGUGGCUUCCCUGUGCUGGCAUGAAGCAGGCGGUGUAGAGGCAGCCGUCCUGGGAGUCUUUGGAGGCGUUCACGAUGAACAGACGGCCGAUUGUCACCUAUGCUGGGGACAACAGUCUCUUCAGCGGGCUGCAGGCCGGCCUGGUGACGGGGCUGCCGCAGGAGAGUGUGGAGUGGCGCAGGUCCUAUGGCCGACCCUCCAGGUGUGUGCAUGUGGAGGUGGACUUUGUGCCCUACUCUGAGGAAUGCUUUGUGAAAGAGACUCCACGCACCAUCCUGGGACACCCCAUAUUCCACACCUACUGGACUGACUGCUCUGAUGUGGAGGCCUACAAGACCACGACUCGGGACAACCUGCAGUCAUGGGUAAUGUCCCUGAGGCAGCAUGGAAUCACAGACUGGAUGGUGGUGUUGCUGGAGACGCCAGACACACGCAAGGGCAACAAGCUUCUCCCUCGCACCACUGUCCUUGAUAAGAUUAAAAAUGACUUUGGUAGCAAGCAGGCAGAAAGGUGUGUGUCACUUGUGGACCCCCUGAAGACUGAUUCUCGGUCCAUGGAGUCGUGGCAAACGCUCCUCACCAAGAUGCGUCACCUGCUCAUGCUGGCCUACAACCGUUCCCUCAACAAGUUCGAGGAGGCCAUGCGAGCGGAGAGGGAGAGGCGGACAGAGCAGUCGUGGUCCUUCUGCUGGUACUUCUUGCUGCAGGAGGAGUUGGCCCACGUGUUCAAGCUGCUGGCUCUGUAUGACGAGGCGCUGGUGCAGUACGACGAGCUGGAUGCACUUUUCACCCAGUUUGUGGUGAACUCAGCAGCUGGAGACUCCCCACCAUGGCUGAGCACAUUCAGCCAGCCUUGUGAGCGGUGGGAAGGGCUACACCUCACGCCUGAGCUGGACACAGCAGUGCAGGCUAAGAUACGCUCAAAGGAGGUCACCCUUUUGGAGUUCCGCAACUAUCUUUUCCAGCGACAGUGUGCUCUCCUCCUCCUCCUCAACAAACCAUGGGAGGUGGCCUCGCGUGCCCUCACCUUCCUGCAGAACACAGUGGGCGAACUGAAGAUCCUGGAGGUGAGUGUGGCACCGGGGGGCGUGGCCUGCUGGGGGGUGCUGUCCUGCCUGGAGGUGACGGAUGUCCUCAACCAGUACCACACCGACGAUGCCCACUCCCUCCACACUGCUCCUCUUUGGGCAUAUGCCAGGGACAAGCUGCAGGAAUUGGGCAUGUUGUGUGGACUGAUGCCAGGCAGUGCCACAAGCAGUGCCCAGCUCCACACAGUCAUCUCCCUGGUGUGUGGCAUGGGCAACGACCCCCACAGUCACGAGGAUCCCCCGCGAGACUCCCCCAUGACAAGACUCAAGGACUCCCUCUCCUCCCCACAGGCCUUCAAGAAGCACUUCCUGGAGCUGUCAGAGGUUGCCAUCAGCACCUACAAGCACAUUGGACGAAUUCGAUCAGCUCGCCUUAUAGGCCGAGACUUGGCCAACUUCUAUAUGGCUCAAGGUGAACCCCAGAAGGCAGCAACCUUCCUCACCGACCAGCUGACGGUGUUCCUGGAGGAGGGGUGGCAGCUGCUGGCCACCCAGACACAGCUGCAGCUGGCAGAGUGCUACCUGGCCACCAGUGACCUGGAGAGGUAUGUGAGAACCUGUGCCCAGCUGGCGGGCAGCCCCGUGCUGGGCUCUGAGCUGAGGGACCAACACUUCAACAAGAUGAUGGAGGCUGUGCAGGGAGUCAAGGAAGGCCUCCCAGUGCUGAUCCCAAGUGAGCGCAUCCUGGAGGUGGGCGGCCUGAACCUUGUGUCUGAGGGGCGCAUCAUCCUGGGGACCGUGGUGGAGGUGGAGCUCUCCGUCUACAGCAAGCUGCCUCAGGACAUCUGCUGCACGUCAGUCAGCGUGUCGCUGCACCACUGGGAUGAUGAAAGUGAGACUCCCUCAGGCCGCCGCACUGCUGACUCUGAGGGAAAGACUGCACCUUCUGCUCAGCCAGGCGGUGGCAAGACGCACAAUGCAUCCACACCACACAGUACCAGUGGCAGCAGCAAUGCAGACACAGAGCAUAGCACAAGCAGCACCAGCAGCAGCACCAGCAGCAGUACCACCAGCAGCAAUAGCACAAGCACCAGCAGCAGUAGCAGUACCACCAGUGGUCCCUCGGAAAGCUCUGAGGGGGAGCCCAACAAGAUAAACCCCAUGACACACACUCUUCCCAUGACCCUCCACCUGGAGUACAAGCAGGACAAGUCCCUCUCCUCAGCCUCUGUCACCUGCCCAAACUCCCACAAGGUUCUUAGGCGUCGUGACAGUCAGGGUGGCCUGUAUAAGGUUGACCGUAACAUUGUGAAGGAGGAGCAGAAGGACAGUCUGAGUGCUAAGGAAGUGAUCAUCCGGCCCGGAGCAAACACUAUAGUUCUUCACACUAAGGUGGACAAGAAAGGCAAGUACACAGCGGGCCAGGUGGUGUUGGCGCUGGAGCAGAUAGAGUUUGUGUGUGGGCGGUGGAGUGUUGGGGGGCCGCCGCUCAACGUGGAAGUGGUGAGUGAGAGCCCACGGGUGUCUCUGGGGCGGGGAAGCAGAGACCUCUUGGCUGGCAUGAUGCAGGAGAUGGUGCUGAUGGUGCAUAGCGGAAGCUCCAACAUUACAAAGGGGACGGAGGUGAAGCUUCGAAGUUCCCGCGGCCUUGUGAUGAGAAUACAAACACCAGAGGGAGAGAAUGAGAAGGAGGGCUCGCUUGAAAGAGAGGUGGAAGUACAACUACCAGAAGUUGCUCCCUUCUCCUCUGUCAGCAUCCCCCUCACAGUCCUCGCUGAGUUGGGUCCACAACGGGACGCAGCGACUAUUGAGCAUACGGUGAGUGUCAGCAGCAGCCUGGUGGAGCAGCGGCAGGACGUGGACGUUCACUUCAUCCCGCCCUUCAUGUCGUCCCACAAGCUGCACACGGCCAACACCUCCAAGUUCCUGCAGAUGACAGUGACAGGUCUGGUGGCCAACCCCAUGGAGCUGACUGAGCCCACAUUGAAGGUGUUGGACCCUCAGCAGGAACACCAGGUCCGGCUCAGUCCUCUGCACCCCCCUUCACAGGCCCUGGUGGUGUGCUCAGACCAGGCUGCCAGCUAUAUGUGGGGGCUGGAGGUGGACCACCAGCAGGAGGGAACACCAGUGGUCAAGCUUGAGUUCUCACUAAUGUACCAGCCGGUAGAGUCCCCUGAUGGCCCCAGCAGCCCCAACCCCAACCCUCCUCGCAGCUACACCUCCACCCUUGACCUCCACGACUAUAAGACCCUGUACACCAUUCGUGCCCGAGUGGAGCCCAGCAAGGGGUCUGAGCUGUGUCGAGCAGGCAACAUGUGCCACCUACACAUUGUGCUGCAGCAGGUGGGGCCCACCAUCUCCACCGCCCCUACUGGGAGCCGAACGGAGUCAGGGACAGCCCCUCACCAACAUUCCAUCAUGUAUGAGGUGCUGGCAGACCAGACCAUGUGGGCGGUGUGUGGACGCACGGCAGGAGUGCUCACUCUUGAGGGCGGCGUGAAGCAGAGUGUGACUAUGGAUGUCAUGCCCCUUGCUGGCGGCUUCCUCCCCCUCCCCUCCGUCAGGCUGUCUAAAUACAUCCCAGCCGAUACCAAGCACAACACGGCGAGAGACGGCAGCAGGAAGGUGGAGCACGUGGGGACGGCUUCGUCAGUGCCCCGCCUGCAGCCUUUCAGCGCGGGCCAGGUGUACAACUUCAGCAAGGCCCAGCAGGUGCACGUCCUCCCGGCCUCCAACACUCUCCAGACAGAGUCCCUCACCUGA